CGGUAUUAUUUAUGAGAAUGGCGGUCUAUUUUUUUAGAGAACGUAGAUUAUUAUUUGCAAUAAUUUGAUUUUGCUAAUUAUUUUCGAUCAGUUCUAAUUUUUUGUGUUUAAUGUCAACUUUUAAAUUUAAAAUAAAACUUUUGUUUUGUAGAAGUGGACCAUGUGAAAUGUAGGAUGUCCCAUGAGGCAACCUAACCUCUGUUUUGUAUCCAACAAAUGAUUUGACAGUUCAACAGUUAAUUAUUACAAAAUCAGCAUUUUUCUUCGUACUUUGUUGUGAAAGUGUAACGUAUCGGUUUUAUUUAUUUUAUUUAUUGACAUACUUGUGUUUUCGUCGUGAAAAUCGAUAGAAAAAGUUUAUCAACAUGAACGAAGAAAGGCUGUUAAAGAGAAAACAGCGCGCUAAGCGCGAUGGCAAUGUGAAACAACUUGCAGAAGUGCUAAAAGAAUUAGGAGAUUUUUAUUUCGAAACUGGAAGAUUUGAGGAAGCAUUGGAAGAAUACUUGGCACAAGUAGCAGCUUGUGAAGUUACAGAAAAUGAAUUAGAGUCUGCAGUGGCACAGAGGAUGAUAGGAGAAGUUCAUGCGAGUAUGGGAAAUUAUGAAGAGGCACUUCUUCAUCAAAAUCGACAUCUCGAGGGAGCCCGAAAACUUGAAAAUCUCUUAGAAGAACAAAGAGCUUUCGCGACUUUAGGAAGAACGUAUUUCUGCUUCGCUGAGAGCUUGGUAGAAAAACCUACAGAAAGAGAAGAGGCUCUUAAAAAUGCCAAGAGGGCUUACAGCAAAAGUAUUCGACUAUGUGCCAAAUUGGAAGGUAGUAUUUCAGAGAGAGAAUUGAUGAUAAUGCGGGCAAGAUUGACGUUGAAUCUCGGGCUUGUUCGAGAGGUGCAGGGAGCGCGAGAAGAGGCCCUAAAGAUGAUUGAAUCCGCCGCUAAAUUAUGCAGGGAACAUGAUUUAAAGGAAGAUCUUCACAGAACAAAUCUUGCACUCGGUGCUUUUCAAGAACGUCAAGCGCACUACGAGCAAGCUUUAGAAUUUUACGAAAAAGCGGCAAAUGUUAGCGACUCUUCGAUGAAAGCCGACGCUUACUUAGCCAAAGCAGAGUUACUCCUCAAAUUAGGAGAAUGGCUAGAAGCUCGAAAGCCAUUAGUAAAUCUCUACAUAAUGAAAAAUUUAUCUGAAGAAGUCAAGAAACAUGCUGAAAAGUUGUUGAGAAUUGCUGUAACAUUAUGCAGAUCAGAGGACAGUCUUCUAAUCGAAACCAGUACACUAGCCAAGCAAAAGCUCUAUGAAAAUUUAGGAGAUGCCGCAGUCGAAGUAAAAUCCUACGACAAAGCGAUAGAUUACUACGGGAAAAUGCUGCUGUAUGCGGAGGAAUGUCACAGUGAAAAAGUAGGCGCAGCUUUGGUAAGUCUGGCUCAAACUCUAAAAGAUGCUGGGCGAGACCUAGAGGCCCUAUCCUACGCUCGAAGGGAAUUACAACUCUGUUCCGAUCCACGAGAAGCUUGCAGAUCGGCUCUGUACUUGGCUGAUCUUAUGAUAUCGGCAGGCUCUGAAGAAUCCGAGAUACGUACCAAUUUCAACCUGGCUUUGUCUCACGCUAAGGACUCCAAGGACACGAAGCUAGAAGUUUCAGUGUUGCGAGAACUUCUUGAUUACUUGGAGAAUAUAGCCGAUAUUGAUGAGGCACAAGGUGUGAAGUCGAGACUGAACGAAUUAGAGGAGGUUCUCGAAAUCGAAUCGGAUGAAGAGGAAGAUCCAAAGAGUCAAAAUAUUGGGGAAGAUAUUUGCUUGGAGGAUUUGUCCGAUGUUGAAGAUGCUUUGAAUAAAAGUGAAGGCAUUCAAAGGCCUAAAAGAGUAUUUAAAAGAGGCUUCGCUAUCAAGAAAAAUCCUUUGGGGGAAACGCAAUUACACGUCGCUUGCAUCAACGGAUCUAUUGAGAAUGUGGAGAAACUUUUAGCGGAAGGACAUCCGGUUCAAGUGCGAGAUAAUUGUGGUUGGACUCCGCUACAUGAAGCCGCAAAUCACGGAUUUGUAGAUAUCGCGAGGGAGUUAAUUCAAGCUGGAGCUGACGUAAACGAUCCUGGUGGAUCGAUGUGUGGUGCGGUAACUCCUCUUCAUGACGCAGCGGCUUGUGGCCAUUUUUCGAUGAUUUAUUUCCUUCUCGAAAACGGAGCAAAUGUUAAUGCCGUAACUGAUAGUGGAGAAACGGUUCUUGAUUCCUUGGAGGGUUGGAAGAAUCGCGUGGAGGGAGAUUCGUCCAAUGAUGACGUCGAGUACGACUUUGCCCAUGAAAAACUGCGUAAAUUAACGACAGUGAGUUCAAAAAGCAGAAAAAAGUCUGUACCACAGAGGCCACGAUGGACCGGAUUGUUAGAUGAAGAGGAGGACAAACGAGACGAUCGAAGGAAAGAGUCAAAGAAAGCUGAGAAAAUUUCAGCUGGGGAGGAUUAUAAACGGACGAUAGAAAAUUUGAAAAACAGGGGAGGAUUGGUAGGAACUAAGGUGAAGCAUUCGAAAGUUCAAAGAAUAACUGCACCUCUUAUAGAUUCUGAGCAAAUUCUUGUCGACAGUUGGCUGGAAGAAGAUGUCGUUCAGCCGACGUCGAAGAAGAGAACCUCGUGCGAAACACCUCUAAAUGUAAAGAGAAAUUCGACGGAAUCUACUUCGAGUGUAAAAAGAAAUCCGAGUACUGAUUCUUCCGCGACGAUCAAAAGAAAGUCCAGCAAUGGGCUUCUGGAAUUAGAAAACGAGUCGAAACGACAGCGAAAACUCUCGACUGACUCGGAAGGAAGUGUCGAUUUUGAUACUAAUAGUCGUGACAGUGUUGAGAGUAAUGAUUCGAUUCUUUCAGAGUUUCCAAGGAAGGUCCAGAAAAAGAGAACAAGGCAAUUGUCUCUCUUGAAAACUGGAUUUACUAAGGACGCAGAAUCGCGAACGACCUCUCCGAUAUUUCCGCCGACGUCUAAUUACUCACCGAAACAAAUAGCGUCUUUCGAGGUGCUGAAUUUUUCAGUCUUAGUGGAUUAUGAUACUUACGAUGCGAAGGUUAAGUAUAUCAAUGAUCGCCAAAAUGUUAUGGAGAGUUUGAUGGAAGAAAUUAAGAAUAAGUUCGAGAAGGAUACGGCUUGCAAAGCGAAACUGAGGUUCACGACUUGGGAGGGACUUGAGCUCUAUCCGGAAACUGCGCCGAGUUUAUUGAUGAGGAGUGGAGAUCCAAUAAAGUUGAAAGCGGAAUUAAUUGAUAUGUACACGCCGUCCAUCAUCGAUAGAUACAAAGCUAUUUCCAAAGAUUAUAAAAUAAAUGUGCAAGAAUCUACAAUAAAGUGCCUGAAAGUAUGCGAAAACACAUCAACAUUCCGUCUAAAUUCCAAAGAAACGCUGGACGAAGAACUGCAUCCCCUGAUAAAAAGUUUGCAGUACCAAAAAGGGCUGCAAACUCUACAUUUAUCAGGCGCAACCCUUUUUGACCACGGAAAACUCCUAAACUUAAUGAUCCAGAGACUAACAUCGCUUUAUGAAUUACACCUACAGAAUUGCGACAUAGACUCAGAAGUUCUCUCCACGAUUGAAAAAUUUCCUCAACAACUUAGGAUAUUAAAUUUAAGUUACAAUCCCUUAGGAACCCAGAGUCAAGAAAAACUCUACAAUUUGCUUUCACCUCUAAACCACCUUCAGACGUUAAAUCUGCGAUAUUGUAAAUUGGAUGAGUUCCGUUUUACUCUUACAAAUGAAUCUCUCGAAAAUGUCGACAUUUCUUGGAAUGCUUUGGGAGGCGAGGGCAUAAGUAAUCUCCUUCAAAGGCAAAUGCUUGGCCUGACCCUUUCGAAUACUCAGAGUCCUUGCAGUUCUAACGUAGUCAGUAAAAUAAUUAACAAUCCCAAGUACUCUCUUUUUGCUCUGGAAACUUUAGAGCUCGCUUCUUGCAAAAUCACAGACGCUGACGUCAGGAGAAUUUUGUCAGCAACGCCGAAUCUCUCGAGAUUUGUGCUUGGUGGUAACAAAGACGUUACGAAAGUUUCAGUUUAUGCUCUUCUCACGCGAGAACCUAGUUUAUUUUACAUCGAUGUUGGGGGCUGCGCUGAAAUUGUCGACUUACCUCUGUCCGACGUGACAAUCACAAAUCCGGAAGUUUGCACUUUCAUAGUCAGUAUGGCGGGAAAUGUGACCAAUGCCUGGGAAGAUCUCUGGAGGGGAAAGGGUAUGGCUAACAAAUUGCCACAUAAUGUUGUGAUUUUCAAGCCUAUGUAAUUUAAGUCGGAAUGUUUCUGUAU